CGUAUGCGUAGUAAUUUUAAGAAUCCUGAUGAUCCAUCAGAUGGUUCAGAGAUUGACGAAGUCACCGACGCUGUACUGGAAGAUGAUGUCGAGUUAAUGAUCAAUGCACGUGGUGUAGAUUGGAGUGAUGAUGACGAUGAUAUUGAAGACGCUGCAGAGGGUGAUCCUGCCUAUGAUAUCGGCGAUGAAGAUACCGAUAGUGAUGAUAGUUCGGGAUUUGAUCCAAUGGCCACAGAUUCGGAUGAUUCCAUGAGUGAUGGUGAAACUGGCGGUGCGGCGGCGGGAAGUAGUUCCACAACCAACAAAACUUCAAAUCGUAAUGAGGAUGAAGGUGGUGGCGGUGGUGGUGAGGAUGAAGAACCCAGAUCUUCUGUCCUAGAAUUAGAUGAAAACGAGGAGGACGAUGAAACAGUCAAAGCCAUAAUUGCAGCCAUUAAAAAGCCGCGAACCUCUCCCCCCGAAAUAAAACUAGAAGACUUUGUUACCGACAUCUGUUUUCACCCGGAGCGGGAUAUUAUUGCCAUUGCCACUAUCACCGGUGAUGUGGCAUUGUACGAGUAUUCCAAUGAUGGCAAUAAACAUCUGCGAACCAUUGAGGUACAUGCCAAGGCUUGUCGUGAUGUUGAAUUUUCCACAGAUGGCCGUAAUGUGUUGACCUGUUCCAAAGAUAAAUCCAUUAUGAUUACGGACAUGGAAACGGAAAAACUAAAGAAAUUCUAUGAAAGUGCCCACGAUGAGCCCAUCAAUAAGCUGCAUGUUAUUGACGAAAACAUAUUUGCCACUGGAGAUGAUAGUGGCACGGUGAAAUUGUGGGAUUUAAGAACCAAAAAUGAAAUAUUUGCCCUGAAAGAGGUGGAAGACUACGUUACCCAAAUGCUUACCAAUGAGUCGGGCAAAUUAUUACUGGUCACCAGUGGUGAUGGUUAUUUGACGACAAUAAAUAUUGGUGCCCGCAAGCUAUAUGUACAAUCAGAACCCUACGAGGAGGAACUUACCUGCAUGGGUACCUAUAGAGGCGAUUCAAAAUUGGUUGUGGGUACAUCAAAGGGUAAUUUGUACACCUUUAAUUGGGGACAAUUUGGUUAUCACAGCGAUAAAUUUCCCGGUGUCAAAUCUUCAAUGUCCGAAAUGAUACCCAUCACGGAUCGCAUUGCCUGUGUCGCCGGUGAAGAGGGUAUAAUACGGGCUGUACAUAUUGCACCAUUCAGGAAUCUGGGUAUUGUCGGUCAGCACAGUAUGCCCGUUGAAUCGUUGGAUGUCAGCAACUCAGGAGAGCUUAUAGCCUCGUCAUCACACAAUAAUGAUGUACGCUUUUGGAACGUGAAAUAUUUCGAAGAAUUCGGUGAUAUUAAAUACAAUGAGAAACACAACAGCUACAAGGAGAAACGACACAAUCUACCAUCGUCAAAGUUUUCAAAUGCAUCGGAUUUCUUUUCCGAUUUGGCCAAGGAGGAUAAUGGUGGUGAUGAAUAG